CUGAGUUAGGGUCACUGAGUAGUGAGUAGUGAGUACUGACUACCAAUUUAUUUGUGAGUUGUGUUAACACUGAAUUGACAAAAUAAUUUCAUUUCAAUCUAAACAAAGAGUCACUGUUGUGAAUUUUGCAUAGUUUUGAUUGUUAUUUCAAAAUAUAAUAUUUUAGUUAUGUCAUAUCAACUCUAUAGGAAUACUACUAUUGGCAAUACAUUGCAGGAAAGCCUUGAUGAAUUAAUUCAAUAUGGACAAAUAACACCAACAUUGGCCGUUAAAGUAUUAUUACAAUUCGAUAAAUCUAUUAAUCAAGCGUUAUCGAGCAGGGUAAAAUCUAGAUUAACCUUCAAAGCUGGAAAAUUAAAUACAUAUAGGUUUUGUGAUAAUGUUUGGACUUUUAUGUUAAAUGAUGUUGAAUUCAGAGAAGUUCAUGAAGUGGCUAAAGUGGAUAAAGUUAAAAUAGUGGCAUGUGAUGGCAAAAAUGUGGAAGACCGUAGAUAAUGUUACUUAGAUUUAUACUGCCCAUAUAAAAUAAGCUAUUUAGCCUUUGUCAUUGUACCAUGGACUUAUUACCUAAAUAAAUUAUUUAAGUAU